UAAACGAAUUUGAAAAGUAAGAUAAAGGGAUAUGCAUUGAACGUCGGGAACUGCGGUCGACUCUCUUUCCCCAAUAGUGGAAAUAGCAGAGACGAUGGAGGCGAUGAAGCUGGAGAGACCUGUAGUUGAGAUAGUGGAUAUGGAGGAAGAAGAUGCUGAAGAACAAGUGUCGUUGUUUUUGACACCCAUAUCUUGCAGGGGAGGCACCAGGAACACUGCAAUCUCCGUCGAGCAAUACUCUGCUGACAAAGAACUCUAUCUCUCCAUCAAAGCUUCUCUCCUUCAACCCCAAACCCCUCUCAUCCACCUCGACAACGACGAUGAUGAUGAUGAUCUGCAAAUUCUGGGCAUAAACCCCCCCACAACCCCACAUGCAUUCUCCACGAGAAAACCCUUUACUUUUCCUUCUGUUACUGAAACAGGGCAGCCCUCCAAUUCCAAACCAGACCCUCCUCCAACCUUCGUUUGUGAAAUCUGCAUUGACCCCAAACCCCUAAACCACUCCUUCAGCAUCAAGGGCUCCCACUCUUACUGCUCCGACUGCAUGACCAAAUACGUGGCCUCUAAACUUCAAGACAACGUUUCCCGGAUUUCUUGCCCCGCACCCAACUGCACCGGAGUGCUAGAGCCCCAGCAGUGUCGUCCCAUCCUCCCAUCCCAUGUGUUUGAUCGCUGGGGAAAUGCUUUAUGCGAGGCUCUCAUUCUUGGGUCUCAAAAAUUCUACUGUCCUUACAAGGAUUGUUCUGCUCUGUUAAUCAGAGAUGAAGGAGAGGUCAUUAAAGAGUCUGAGUGCCCCAAUUGUAGGAGGCUCUUCUGCGCCCAGUGUGAGGUUCCUUGGCAUUCUGGGAUUGAUUGUGGGGAGUUUCAGAAAUUGAACAAGGAUGAAAGAGGGAGAGAGGACAUUUUGAUGAUGAAUCUUGCCAAGACCAAUAACUGGAAGAGGUGCCCCAAGUGCAAGUUCUACGUUGAGAAAUCAUUUGGUUGCAUGUAUAUCAGGUGCAGGUGUGGAUUUGCUUUCUGUUACAACUGUGGAGCUCCCUCAUCUACCAUCUCCCAUAUAUGUCCCCAUUGUCGGCAUUAAUUCUUGGUAGAUAUUUUCUGAUUGCUUGGUAUAAGUUUGAUGUAGAAAGUCUUUUUGUAUAGUUUGAUAUAACAAUUAGAAACACCAUUGCAAGCAGUAUCAACUCAUAUUUUAAAAUCAAACUUGGAUUUUAGAAUCCUCAUGGAGGGCUUUUUGCA